AUGGUCCACAAAGUUCUCUUCUGGAGCGGCUUCGGCAUUGCCGUCCGCCUGUGGCAACUCGGUAUCGAGAUGCGUCCCAUCCUCGCCAGGGAAUCCCUCUGGGUCUACCCUCUUUUCGCCGGUGUUGGUGGAAGCUUCGGAUACUGGCUCCAGGGUGUUGAAAACCGUCAACUCAAGAUGCUUGCACAGCGCCGCGAGGCUAUUCUGGAGAAGCGUCGGCGACGAGACCAGCGGGAAGUGAUCAGCAAGGCCGAAGAGGGUGCUGUUCUUGCUGCUACAUCAUAA